AUGAUUUCAAGUCGUUUAAGAAAUAGUUAUAGAAACGAUAAAGAAGUAUAUAAAUAUAAGAUUGCCGAGCUAACGGAGUCUAGCAAUGACCUAGAUAACUACGCUAACUAUACAUUCGUUAUCUAUAAAUGUAUUAACCGAACGUCCGAGGAGGUAGUUCUAUUUAUAAAUAUUAAGUCGGAAGGCCUACGCGACAUCCUGCGAGGCGUGCUAUACGAUAUUAAGGCCGUUAGCCUGAUAGAGGACAAGCUAUCGAACGUCCUUUUCUAUUUCCUCCCGGAGCUCGAUAGAUACGUAGAGAAUAUAGAUAAUAGUUCGUACUAUAUCUCGGUAUAUACGGAGUAUCUCCGCCUACUUAUUAACCACCUUAAGCGCUUUUUAAGCCUAGUUGCCAUAUUUAUACCAUAUAUAUUAUUCCGAGGGUUAAAGCCGAUCGCGACUCUUAAAGCUUACCCUCUCUACUACUAUCCGAGUCACGAGGAGGCCCGAAAAGACCUAGUCGAGAGAGGUCAAAAGUUUCUAGGCGCAUUCUUUAUAAAUAAGGGGAACAUUUUCAAAAUCAAUAUUAACAGCCGAGUGGCAGUAGACGCCGUAUUCUUCUAUAAAAUACAGCCAAACUACUCCCGACCGUCACUCCGCGAUAUAGGGGUAAAAGACAAGAAUAGUAUUAUAAGGACCGCGAGCGAGGGAAGGAGAGAAUAUAAGGAGACGCUAAGCGAGACUAAUUUCUUAGUCGCCUACCUUAAUAUAGAGUACGUAGUCAGUGCUCUUAGGGACGUAGAUUGGUUACCUAAGUCGUUCGACUGCCUAAAGAUCCCUUUAGAGACUAAGACUAUCCUUUUAUUAUUAGCGAAAACCCGCCUAGGGAUAAUACCGACGGUACCGUUCGACGACUAUAUCGGCAAACCGUCUAUACUAUUAAGACUUCCUAACCUAACUUAUACUAGUAGCCUACCGGGAGUCGGAAAGACUUUUACGGUUAAGGUAACCUCGGAGUAUUUUAAGCUCCCCCUCUAUUCGGUGAACUUAUUAUUAACUACGGAGAUUCUAAUACGCUUAAGACCUACUAUUAUUAAGGACUACGAACUCCGACGAUUAGAGUCUUUAGCUCUAAAUAGACGAGAGAUCAAAAACGUCGCAGCAAUUGUAUACGCUCUCGCUAAGGCUAACGUCAACUAG